AUGGAGACGACCAGCACAAACCCUCGUGGCAUCCCUACGUUUCCGUUCAUGUCCAACGUGACGGACUAUGUCAAGUCGAUCGAGGAUGUGGAGCCGACACUGCAGCGGUUUCAAGAGAUGGUGUCUAAAUACACGUUCAUGCAGCAGAACGUGGAUCGAAGGGCGGCUGGACUAAAAGAAAAACUGCCGGACAUGAAGCGGACCCUCGAAGUGGUCAAGUUUCUCAAGAAAAAGAGGAAGGACAUUACCGACAGAGACGCCAGUGGCAGCCUGGACGAUGGAGAAGAUUUAGAUGCGGGCAGCGGCCAUGGCCUGUCGGACGAGAUCGAAACCACAUACAGUCUUCAAGACACUCUGUACGCAAAGGCCAAGAUCAAGCCGGCAUCUAUUGACGAGGUGUACCUCUGGCUCGGGGCCAACGUCAUGGUCGCCUACCCGCUCGACGAAGCCGAGGACCUGCUACGCACGAAACUGGACAAGGCGAAAGAAAGCCUGGCCGCGGCCGAGGAGGAUCUGGAAUUCCUCAGGAUCCAGAUCACCACCCUCGAGGUGGCCAUUGCUAGGGUCCACAACUGGGAUGUCGGGGAGAAGCGGAAACUGCGAGCUCAAGGAAAACUCAAGGACCCUCUCCCUGACGAGAAGGACAAGGCAUGA